ACCGAGGUGGCGAACGUCUCGUUCGCAGCGCGGUUGCUCUCUCAGUCACCUUCUUUUCUCGAGUGCGUUUUCGCUACAGCUGUCAAGCAUUUCUUUUUCUUUUCUCCGAUACUCGUGUUCGAAGGUGAACAAUUUUCAGUGAGGUGAUUUCGACAGAAUCUUCGUCCUUUUUCUUGUGAGAAACGUGAUCAGUUGGAAACGGAGUCAUUUUCACUUGCACGUUCAACAAUUUAGUAUACGGGACGCUAACAUCUCCGAAGCGGAGGCGUGCAGGAGAUGCAUUUUGCCGAUAUUCAGGCUUGCGGUUCUUAACAAAACGGAAACGGACAAUUGAUCGUCUUCAUCGCUAUUGAUACCCAUACGCUCACGAGGGAAAGAAAUCCACGAUGAUCUCUGUGACUUCUCGAGUCGGCCAAGUUCUGGAGGAGUGCUGACAAAGCGCGGGAUCGCAAACAGAAAAAAAUGACCGUCGCAAUGGAGCACAAGCGGAAGAGCUCGUGGGACUCGAAGAUUUCGGUAAGCACGGUGAGCACCCGAAGAUUCAGCCGUGCCGGAACACCAAGUUCAAUCUUAUCAUCCGACAGUGACAUCCGCUUUACGAGGAAACUAGGCGGGCAGUAUCGCUGCGGAUGCUGUGUCCUUGCUGCCUUUUUGUUCUUCCUCCUCUUCUCAGGAAUCUCCAUAUACCUCGGCUACACAUUCCUUACAUCAGAUCCACCUGGUGAUCAAGUAUUUCUUGCAACGUUCCGAGUUACCGAAGGUGAUUCCUUCACCGCGGAAUUGGCUGAUCCCUCUACUGAGGCUUUCCGGAUACGGUCACGGGAGUAUCGCGACCGCCUAAAUCUUAUCUUUCGUCGCAGCUGGCUGAAGUUAUCGUUCCUCGCAUCGGACGUCCUGGCGCUUGACGGGGUAGAAGGCCGUGAUUUAGUGGUACACUUUGAUGUGAGAUUUGACCCGCGAUAUCAGACUAUAACUAAUGGGAAUAUCGUGGACAUUCUGUCGCGGGAAUUGAAUCCUGAAACCUCGCGAUACCUGACAAAUCUGACGAUAGAAGCGAAGAGCCUCGAAGUGCAAGAGAGCCUGAAGGCCCUCAACGCGCAGAGUAGUCCGCAAUUGACCGUUUCAACAUUACCGCCGACAACGACAGCCCCUCCGCCAAGAAGAUGCAGCAAGUUGGACUUAUCAUACUGUAAACAUCUCCCCUAUAAUAUCAGCUCGUAUCCGAACAUGUUGGGACAUGGAUCGUUGUCGGAUGUCGAAGAAGAUGUUAUUGCUUUUAGGGAACUGGUGGACGCAGAAUGUUAUCCGUUAGCCUACGACUUCGUUUGCCAAGUGUUGCAGCCUGCAUGUCGAGCAAGUCAACCGGAGGAUCUGCUGGAAUUGCCUUGCAGGAGCUUCUGCAGGGAGUUCUGGAAUGGGUGCGGUAAUCGUCUUCCCGAGAAGAUAAAACGCGCUUUGGAUUGCUCCAACUUUCCGGAGUAUACCGGUCCUGGCAGCUGUAGGCCAAAGCCAGGAUGCGUUCAAGCGCUUCAGUCGAAAGCUUUAUCUUCGAGGAUUUGCGAUGGCGUGAUUGAUUGCCCGGAUCUUUCUGAUGAAAAGAACUGCGCCUACUGCCGGGAUGGUUAUAUGCAUUGCGGAGUAGGAAGAACCUGUGUAUCGCAUACUAAGCGAUGCGACGGCAAUGCGGACUGUCCAAACGGCAGCGACGAGAAAGACUGUCUAUUCUUGGCAUCGAGUGUCCACGAAUUAAGAUCACAAUCCUGGAGCACACCGCAUGUGGCAAAAUACAAUAAAGAGGGCUAUGUUGUAUUCAAUGAGAAAGGUACUAUUGGCAAACUUUGUACCGCAAAUUUGAACGCUACUCUACCAGAAACGGAAAUGGAUAAUGUUCUCCAAACAGCAGCAAGCUCAUUGUGUACUUUACUUACAUAUACUGGCGUAGCUUCGGUUCAAGUAAGGACUGAUGACGAAGAGGAUGUCCCAUACGUGUAUAUGGAAGAUCCCUCAGCACCGGAAAUUACUUUUGUUCGGGCUCCUUGCCCAAGCAAAGAAGUUCUAUACGUCCGUUGUUCCGAUCUCGAAUGCGGAAUACAACCUCUACGUACUAACGGCGGUACUAAUGGUCUCAAUAAGAUGGCAGAACCUGGCGAUUGGCCUUGGCAUGUUGCACUCUUCAAGGAGGGAGUUCAUGUUUGCGAUGCUACUCUCGUGGCGGAUAAUUGGUUGCUUACAACUGCGUACUGUUUCCAGGGUCAACCGAAAGCGGAAUGGUCGGCCCGACUCGGUGUCGUACGACUUUCAAGCACAUCACCCUGGGAACAAGAACGCAGAAUUGUCGGUAUGAUCAAAUCACCGGUGGAGGGCACGACCGUUCUGGUGAAGUUGGAUAGACCGGUGACGACCUUUUCGGACUUCGUGAGACCGGUUUGUCUGCCCUCCAGCGAGGAUCCACCGAGUAACACAUCGCAAUGCAACACUCUUGGCUGGGCGAGAAAUCGCGAUGUAUUGCAAAGAGUACAACUCAAACAUAGUGCAAUGGAGAAAUGCGAGAAUAUCAGCAUUCCUUCAGUGAACAGUGUCUGUACCGAGCAAGCAUAUUCCACGGAUGAUUGCAACGAAGAAGAAGUCGCCGGCAGUUCAAUGCUGUGUCUUCAAGCAGAUGAUCGAAAAUGGGUACUGACAGGCAUCGGUAGUUGGAGGAUAGCUUGUUCGAAGGACGGCAUUGAAAGACCUCGAUUAUAUGAUAAAAUUUCGUCUCAUAUCGAUUGGAUCAAAGCUACCAUUGGCUAAGAAAUCUAUUUGCGAGUUAACAUCUGAUAAAUGUUACACUGCGAACAAGACGCAUGCUCGACGCACAUAUGACGGAUCCUGGAAAUGGAAAGAAAUGACCAUUGUAUUAAAAUAAGGGACUGAUAUCGAAAUUGUGAUAGAAAUUUCUAAACUAUUACAAACGAUUACGAUUGUUACUACACGCCGAUAUAACGACUUAAUCGCGUCCGCCUUGCACAAAUACAUGUUGCUGUUAUCAAUACAUAAGUUUAUUAAUUUCGAUGUAUCCUGUUAAUAAUCAGCGGAACGUGCAAUCGCAUUCUUGUAAAUAUUUAAUAUCUUCUUUAUGUCUAGGAUAUAAAAAACCUGUUACCGUGGCAUAAUUUUUUAACUUAUUUUUCUCUUUACAUUUAUUCUA